AGAUAAAUGAUGAAACACAGAAGGUUCCGGGAUAGCUAAAGGUCGCAAGAUAGAAGCGUUAGCCGGAUUAGAGUGCUGAAGUCAUACCAGAUUUCCCCCCAAAAAGACAUUUUUUCAGACUAACUUGUGUAUUUUGACACCAUGCCGAGAGGAAGCAGAAGCAGAACCUCGAGGAUGCCUUCUCCAGCAAGCCGGGCACCUCCACCACCACCCCCUCCCCCUCGUGCACCUGUACCAAUGCAUGCACCUCCAGCCGCUGUGGCUGCUCCAGCGGCAGCACCCAGACAGCCCGGUAUGUUUGCCCAGAUGGCGACUACCGCUGCCGGGGUAGCGGUGGGGUCUGCAGUCGGACACACCAUCGGCCAUGCGAUGACUGGAGCCUUCAGUGGGGGUAGCUCGGAGCCUGCGAGCCCUGAUGUCACAUACCAGGAGCCCCACCAGGCCCAGCCAUACCAAACACAGUCUCCCUACCAGCAGCAAAACAGCCCACAGCAAGCCUGUUCCUAUGAGCUCAAACAGUUCAUCGACUGUGCUCAAUCUCAAAGUGAUCUAAAACUCUGCGAGGGCUUCAGCGAGGUGCUUAAACAGUGCAAGUUUGCUAAUGGUCUGUCUUGAAUUGCAUCCAGAAAUCUUGGAGAGGAGAGCAUAGACUCACCAUUGCCAUAUGUCAACGUGAUCUAAUUAACAAGAGGCCGACAAAUAUACUUUAACAGUUGAUUAUCUUCAGACAAUAUCAGUCCAUUCAAUCAUUAGACGACUGCAGCAGAGCUUGCAGUCAUGUCGAUAGAUAUAUAUAUUGCUGUUUUGAGUUUUUGUUUGCAUUUAAUUAGUUCCAGUACUAGACAUGCUACAUUUCCAGAAGAGCACCAGUUACUGCUUGUAAAAACUUGAUGCUUGAAAUCAAAACAUUAAAGCAUUUUGAUCAUGAAGACAAAACAAAAAA